AUGCCGACCGUUCAGCCUCAUCCCCCGGCCUCCGUCGCGGCGGCGUCGACCAAGUCGACUCAGUCGGCACCACCGGUCGCCUUUCAGCGCCCAGUCCCACGUCCACGCUUUUGGACCACUCCCAUCCCACGACAAACCCAAGCCAUGGGAUAUCAUCGCACUCUAUCACCAACCGGCGGAAAAGGCCAUCUCUCUGGUCCGCGGUCUUCCACUGGCAUGGUCCAGCUCCCCUCCUCUGCUUCCUACGAUCCCUACGAAAACCCCAGACGCCACUUGGAUUAUGACGAUUAUUACCCCUCAGAUGUUGGCUAUGGUACCCACCGCUACCAGCCAAGACAUCGCUCAACCGUCGACAUCCAGCCGACUUCCUCCCAGACAUACCGUGACUCAGGCCACUCUAAGAGGCGCACAGAGUAUGCUAUUCAGCCUCACAGCUCGAGUCAGAGCCAGCCUCAGACUCGGCACAGUCGCAGCCGCAGCAACACCACUACUUCUGCAACAGACCUGCACAAUCAACCGCUGCGUAUUGCCGUGCCCUCGGGUUCCCAUCUUCGCCCGGCUACCGCGGGUCGGAUUGCCAGUCCUCUUCUCACGGAAUCCGGCCAUCUCGUCCAAUCGCCUUCUCACCAUGCCGGCCAUCACCGCCGGGUCUAUAGUAACACAGACUAUGCAAGCGACACUGGUCGCCUAGAGUCCCGCGAGAGUGACAGACAUCGAUCUCACGGCUCGCGUCGGGUCCACCCUCCGCCUGGACACCGACGAUAUCCUCCAUACGAUGGCCUCAAGAAGGGCGAUGACAUUGAUAAAUAUGAUGCAUACUCGUAUACCACCCCGCGAGAGCAAUUCGAUCGGGACUACCCUGUCAAACCCCGCCAUCCCACCACCAGGUCCUCUGUUGACCGACCUCUCAGUAUGAACCUGAUGGAGGAGCAUCCGCAGGGCAGUGGCCAUGACCGUUCGUUGGUCGUUAGACCUCAUGAUUCGGAUGAUGGCUAUGAAUCUUACAAUGAUCCCCAUCGUCGCUCCCAUCAUGGCCGGUCGCACCGCGAUAAUGACCGUCAUUCUCGGGAUGAUCGCUCCCCGCGGCCUCACAACGGCAAUGGCGAUAUGGCCCUGGCAACGGCCGGACUAGCAACAGCUGGACUGGGAACGGCCGCUUUGGGCGCUGGCUACUCUGAUCUGUCGGACUACGAUCACCGAUCGAGAAAUCAGCCUAGACGCUCGCACGACCCGGAGCGUGAUUACGAACCUCCCAAGCAUUCAUCCCGAGACGUCACCACCAGAGGCCUCGAUGUUGCAGCACCAUCGAAUCCUGAGAAAAAGAAGCACCAAUAUCUAGAGCCGAGCGACCACCACCGCAGUCGACCCCGCAGGCGCUCGGGACGUCGCUCAGAGAGUGACUCUGAGGGAUACACAGACGAUGAUGAUCUUCGGAAAUACCGUCAUGAACCGUCCGCCACUGCUCGUCGCAGACACAGCAGCACCGAUACGAGCAGCGGCGAUGAGCGAUCCAGGCAUCAGCCUCGAGACCGUUCCCGUUCCCGCCACCGGUCUUCUCGAUCACAGCGCAUGCUGGAGGAUCAUCGCUCAAGUGUGUCUUCCCACCCCUCCCCCUCGCAGAGCCGAGACGACGUGAGGAAGCCUAUCACCGUCGAGCCGGCCGCGCAGAAGGAGCCAGAAUCUGCACCUAAGGGUAUUCUGAAGGCCCCCCGCCAGAGUUUCCCCGAGGAACCCAAUCCAAUCAGAGAGGGCGUGGCUCCCUUGAAGGAUGCCAACAAGCAGGGCAUUCCACCUGAUGCGCGGUGGACAAAGAUCGAUCGGAGAUUGGUGAACCCGGAGGCAUUGGAUGCAGGAAAUGAGCGGUAUGAAAACCGAUCGGAAUAUGUCAUUGUGUUGCGGGUAUUGUCAAAGGAUGAGGUCCAGAUGUACGCUGUGAAGACCCAGGAGAUCCGAGAUGCCCGUCAUAAGGAACAAAUCGAGGACAAGCGUCGACGAAUGGAGGAGAAGCAACGCGGCGGUCACCGUGGCGCCGAAUCGUCUAGCGACGAUGAGGAUGAAGGGGACGAGCCGUUGAAGAUUGAGGCGCCCCCAGUUGGAGAGCAGAGGCCCGCUCUGCCAACGCGCCCUCAUCAAUCCCAUCCCCAUCCAUCGCAGCCCCAUCCUUCCCAGCCCCAUUCAUCGCAGCCCCAUCCAUCGCAGCCUCAUCCAUCGCAGCCUCAUCCAUCGCAGCCUCAUCCAUCGCAGCCUUAUCCAUCGCAGCCCUAUCCUUCCCAGCCCCAUUCAUCGCAUCCUCAUUCAUCGCAGCCCCAUCCUUCCCAUCCGCAUCCAUCGCAUUCGCAAAUGCACAUCCCGAGCCCGAGAGAGUGA